CGUUAUGGCCGAGAGCGUUCGUGUUGUUUGCAGAUGCAGACCUCUGAAUCCCAGAGAACUUGCCCUCAACUCAAAGAUAUGUGUUCAAAUGGAUCAGCAGUGUGGACAGGUGAUCCUGGAAGGAGACGGUCCACCAAAGCAGUUCACUUUUGAUGGAGUUUAUUAUAUGGACUCUACGGCUGAACAAAUCUAUAAUGACAUUGUCUAUCCGUUAGUUGAGAAUGUAAUCGAAGGCUACAACGGAACGGUUUUUGCGUAUGGUCAAACUGGUUCCGGAAAGACCUACUCAAUGCAGGGAGAUGAAUCUGUUCCGGCUCAGAAGGGUAUCAUUCCUCGAACCUUUGAACAUAUCUUCGAAGCAACUGCUACUACCGAUCAUACCAAGUUUCUCGUUCAUGUCUCGUACUUAGAGAUAUAUAACGAAGAGGUUCGCGAUCUUCUCGGUAAAGAUAGAGCUCAGAAAUUAGAGAUCAAAGAGCACAGUGAAAGAGGUGUUUAUGUGGCUGGUUUGUCGAUGCAUGUAUGUCAUGAUUACAAUGCGUGCAAAGAACUCAUGAAGCUGGGAUUUCAAAAUCGUCAUGUGAGCUCUUUUCUAUAUUCGUUU